AUGCGUCUUCUUUCGCUGCUAGCUACUGGCUUCGGCCUUGGCGCUUCGAUAGUAGUUGCUGCCCCCAUGGCUGACAAUGGCACGUUGCCACAUCCUGUUACUGCGCCGACCGUGACGCUGAAGAACGGGACGUACUCGGGGAUAUACAGCUCGGAGUAUGAUCAAGAUUAUUUCUUGGGUAUGCCGUAUGCUCGGAAGCCAAUUCGCUUUAGUAACUCCCAAUACCUUAACUCAACCUGGGACGGCAUCAAAGAAGCAACCGCUUACCCAAAACAUUGUAUCGGCUACGGCGGUGACGAAGUAGGCUAUGAUCUCUCAGAGGACUGUCUAUACAUCAAUGUCGUCCGCCCUGCCGGAAUCUCAGACACCGCCGAUCUCCCAGUAGCAGUCUGGAUCCACGGCGGUGGUCUCUACAUGGGCGGUUCCGCCGACAGGCGCUACAAUUUGAGUUUCAUCGUAGACAAUAGCGUCAAGCAAGGCACGCCCCUCGUCGCCGUGAGCUUCAACUACCGCCUGUCCGCCUUUGGAUUCCUCCCCGGAAGCCAAGCCCUCGCUGAGGGGGUGACCAAUAUUGGAUUCCGCGACCAGCGCCUUGCGCUGCGUUGGAUAAAUGAGAAUAUUCAGUCAUUUGGGGGUUCGCCGGAUCUAGUGACUAUCUUUGGUGAGAGCUCGGGAGCGGAGAGCGUCAGUGCUCAGGUUUUGGCUUAUAAUGGUCGCGACGAUGGCCUCUUCCGCGGCGCAAUCGGACAAUCCGGCUUCGGCGGCCUCGUCCCUCGCUAUGCCGGCGGCUUCAACGCCACGACGGCUCAGCAGGAACUCUUCGACACCCUCUUAACCAAUACUUCAUGUGCUUCUACCGUAGGCACCCAGGAAUCCAUCGCGUGUCUACGAAAUGCCCCUUUCGAGGAAAUCAACUACGUCCUUAAUGUCACGGGACUCGGCCCCUGGCCCCCGAUCUUGGACCACGACUUUUUCGCCGACUACCCGUACAACCAGCUGAGAGACGGCAAGUUCCCUAAGAUACCUGUCUUGAUUGGCGCCAACACGGACGAGGGCACCGCAUUUGGCAGGGGCCACGGGCCAAAUGGUUCGGUCAUUAACACUGAUGCUGAUUUCGAGUAUGCUGUGCGGGACAUAAUCAACGAAAACGUCACACUCUCAACCGGCAAGACGGUCGAUGAGAUUGUGGAAAAGAUUAUGUCGUUAUACCCCAACAUCCAGAGCGAGGGGAUUCCAUCUUUGGAAUCUUGGCCCCAGGUCAUCACGGCAAACUUGACUUAUACGGCCGAGUUGGGUUUGCAGUACCGCCGGAUCAAUGCGCUGUAUGGUGAUUAUUUCAUGCACGAUCCGCGCCGCCGGAGUAGUAUUGCUUGGGACAGGGCAGGGCUGCCAUCGUGGAGCUAUCGAUUUGAUGUCACUGUGAAUGGGAUUAACGAGUCUUAUUCUGCUACGCAUUUUCAGGAGGUCGCCUUCGUCUUCUAUAACCUCAACGGCGACGGCUACACUACCAACCCCUUCGCCAACACGACCCAGGCCUUCAAGGACCUGGCCUUCACCAUGUCCACUGCCUGGAUCAAUUUCAUCACGGCGCUGGACCCCAACAAGGGUGCGGCUGUGGAACCUGCUUGGCCGGUUUACAGCGAGGGGACUGGCGUAGACGUCGGGCAGAAUUUGGUGUUUAGUGUAAAGGAUGGGGGCAAUUAUCUGGAAGAUGAUGACUAUAGGGCUGAGGCGAUAGGCUGGUGGAAUGAGAACCAGCUGGCCAUAUUUGGUAACUAG